AUGAUCCCCGUCCACCCGAUAGCUCGCCCCGAUACGUGCACCGAUCGCCUGACCUCCCCCCAUCCUGACCGACCCACCUCCACCCCCACCCUGGCCACCCGCCUCCACACAGAGUCGACUUAUUCACCCGGGACCGCACCCACCUUACCAAAGCCGAACACAGACCCCCCGACCCCCCACGGCCACCACCCCACCCCCCCGCCCCGCGAACCCGACCCCGCCUCACACCCAUACUCCCCCGACCGACCCCCCCGACACCCCGACCGAAUCCCCGCCGACACUCCCACCCGAUGCCGACACCACCCCCCGGGCCCGAGGCCCCCGACGAACCCCCCCCCCUCGCCGACCACCCCGCGCCGCGUCGGACCCCUCCGACCCGCCACACCACCCCCGACCAUGCCACCACGCCCCCCCGCCCCCCUCCCUACCCCGACUCUCCGUACCGCUACCACCCCCCGACCGAACCGCCCACAACUCCGACCCGCCCGCCCCUUGCGAUCCCUCGUAUCCUACCCCACGACCCCACGCCCCGACCCCACCCGAUUCCCCCAGCCGCUGGUCCCACAACCGACCCCACCUAAACGCCGACCCGACGACCAGCCCGGCCCCCCGCCCGCAUAUUCCUCCCCGACCGCCCGGCACCAACGAGCCACCUCCCCGCCCCCCACCUCCGAAAAAGCCACCCGACUAAACCGGCCUAAACUCCCCCACCAUCCGCCGUCCUCCCCGACCCCCUCUCACCCGAUCCCCCCCCUCCCCCUCCCGACCCGAGACCCCCCCCCCGCCGCCCAUCCGAUCCCACCCCUGCCCCUCGACGCCCCGACCACCCCCGAGCCGAACCCCGCUCCGACCCCACGCGCACCCCUACUCGCUCCCCCCGAAUCGCGAGAAACCGACCCGCUCCGUCCACCCCCCCCCACCCCCGGAUCCGGUCCUGAACCCCCCGCCCGCCCGACACCCCCCCCUCCUCCCCCCCCCCCGACGACACCCCCCCGACCUGCCUUCCACCCCGGCUCCGACCCGGGGGAAAAAAAACGGGAACCGCCACGAUCUCAACCUCCUCCCCCCCCCCGCGACCAGCCACCCUCCAUCCCGCCCUACCCCGACACCCCCCCGACCCCAACGAACCGAGCCGCGCUAACCCCUCCGAACACCUUCCGAUCCUGGCCCCCACGCCCUAUCUAA